AUGAGGCCCUUCCUGUUCACGCCGGUGGGCGCCCAGCUCGCGUCGCUCCCCUCGCCGUCAACGCUCUCGCGACUGCUCCGCCCACUCCACCUACAAAACCGCCAUGCUCACGCCAUCCCCAUCCCCACCCCCACCUCCUCCUCGUCGCUCCUCCUCCACCCUCCCCGCCGCAGCAGUGGCCGCCGCGGCGAUCGCUUCCUCGCCUCCUCCUCGCCCUCUCAGAUGGCCGCGCCUGCCGAUGCCCCCGGAGGAUCCGCAGACGCGUUCGAGGUGAUCCGCGCUCACCAGGUAAAAGCUGCCCGGCUUCCUCCUGUUGAAGAAAUACGAACCAUUCUGGACCAAAGUGUCAGAGGUGUUCUGGCUACCCAUUCUCAGGAACAUGUGGGUUAUCCAUCUGGUUCAAUGGUUGAUUUUGCGUGCGAUCAAGAUGGUUCCCCCAUAUUAGCAGUGAGUAGUUUAGCAGUUCACUCAAAGAAUCUCGCAGGAAGUAGUAAAUGCUCACUUUUGGUUGCCAAAGACCCAGAGGACAGAACAGAUACUGUAAUCACUGUAUACGGCGAUGCUACACCUGUUCCUGAUGAAGAAAAAGAUGCAGUGAGAACUGCAUAUUUACGGAGACACCCUGAGGCCUUUUGGGUUGACUUCGGUGACUUCCGUUUUCUGCACAUCAAACCAAAAGCUGUACGUUACGUAUCUGGGGUUGCAACAGCUAUCCUUGGCUCUGGAGAGUUUAGUGCAGCUGAGUUCAAGGAAGCAAAAGUGGAUCCUAUAUCUCAGUUCUCCGCUCCUAUUGCAGGCCACAUGAACAAGGAUCAUGCUGAUGAUACAAAGCUCAUCGUGCAACACUCAACCUCUGUUAAGGUGGAUUUCGCUUCUAUUCUGGAUGUGGAUAGCCUCGGUAUCAAUGUGAAGGCUGGCUAUGAUGGAACUGUUCUGAAGCUGCGAAUUCCCUUCCCUAGACGUGCGCAAGACAGAAAGGAUGUGAAGACACUUAUUGUGGAAAUGCUACAGGCUGCAAAGGCCUCAUCCUGA